UUCAUUUGACGAAGACUAGUCCAUAUUCAAAAUCCGUGUACUUCAAUUUGUUACUUACUUAAAUAUAUUCAAAAAAUUAAGAAUGAAAAUUUUGAUUAUUGUUGGUGUACUGUUCUUUACGAUAAUGAGUUACAGUUAUAAUGUUGAACGUGCAUGGGAAGCUGUGGAGCAUGUACAUAAUUGCCAACAAAAACUUAAGACAAGAGCACUCUUUAGCAAUUUAUUACUAUGUAUAAUGGUACACGAUGGACAGGUUUUGAAUGCGCAUGGCCAAUUUAGAGUAAGCGCAGCCUUAAGAUUUAUUAAGGAUGUUAUUGCUGACAAGGAAUCAAUGAGAGAGGCUCAAGCGUUAUUCAACGAAUGUUACAAAAACGAGUUUAAAAAGGCAUCAUCACGAAUUAAUCGUACGGAAAACAUAGCCAUAUGCGCCAUGCCAAUUAUACGUUUCUUUAGCCGACCACAGUGACAUCAGCUUUACUUCAUAUAUCAUAAGAAAUGCUGGAUUUUUAUUGAAUUCUUCCAACAAUUGUUUUAUAGCUCUUGUAUUGUUUGACCUCUUUUUGUUGACUUUUAUAUUCAUGACACAGUUAAAAAAAAAGUUGCUGUUUUCGCAAAAAACUUUUGAUACUAAAAAUAUCGAUAUCGAGCAAGAUGGAAAAUAAUUGUCUGAAUAGUUGUGUGACAAGAUGCGUCUGAAUUGUUUCAAGCUCACUUUAAUCGUUCAUUAAUAGUUUCAUUUAUUCAAAAACCCGUUUAAAAAGAUUUAUCGAGAAGAAAGAUUUGAUUAAUGUUUAUCCGCGUUAUUUAUCUUUAAUUUGUAAAGUUCAAGAAAACUUUUCUCGAAAAUAAGUUAAUUAAAUCUCGCUAUUUAUGUCUAAUUAAAUUAUCACUAUUAAUUGAAUAUCAUGCAAAUGUUUAAUUUUUCUCGAUAU